AUGCUGAGUGCAGCAGAAAGCAUCCUCCUGUGUGUUGUCACUACCGAGUCAGUGCUGGGAGUUUUAGGGAAUGGGUUUAUUGGUCUUGUGAACUGCAUUGACUGGAUCAGGAGUAAGAAAUUCUCUAAGAUUAACUUUAUUCUCACUGGCUUGGUGAUUUCAAGAAUUUUUCUCAUAUGGAUACUAAUUUGCAAAGCGUAUGUAAAGACAUUGUCUUCACAACCGCUGGACUAUGGCAACCUAGUUGAAUUCAUGAAUUACAUAUGGGUAAUUGUGAAUCACAUGAACAUCUGGUUUGCAACCAGCCUCAGCAUCUUCUACUUCUUCAAGAUAGCUAAUUUUUCUAACUACAUAUUUCUCUGGUUAAAGAGAAAAAUUGAUGUGAUUUUUAUCCUUCUGAUUGGAUGCUUGUUUGCAUCAUGGUUAAUUGCUGUUUCACAAAUUGCAAAGAUAAUUAAUAAUGCUAAAGCACAGUAUAGAAACACAUCCUGGCAGGUCCAAUUGUGGAAAAGUGUUUUCUUUAUUAACCACGCUUCUGUCAAUAUAGGAGCCAUUUUAUUCUUCACUGUGGCCCUGAUUACAUGUUUCCUGUUAAUUAUCUCUCUUUGGAGACACAAAAGGCGGAUGGAAUCUGCUUUCUCAGGAUUGAGAGACCUCAACUCAGAAGCUCAUGUGAAGGCCAUAAAAGUUUUAAUUUCUUUUCUCAUCCUUCUUGUCUUGUACUUCACAGGUAUUAGCUUAGACACAUUUUAUGCUUUUAUGCCAGCAAGCAAACUGCUAUUCCUUUCUGGCUUGACAACCGCAUCCCUGUAUCCCUGCUGUCAUUCAUUUGUUCUAAUUCUGGCAGACAGAAAGCUAAAGCAAGUCUCUUUGAGAAUACUGCAGCAAUUAAAGUGCCACGAGGAAGAAGAUCUCAGAGCAGUAUGA